AUGUCUCUUUUCAGCAAACUUACCCUAGCCAACGGCCUUGAGGUCGAUCAGCCCACUGGCCUUUUCAUUAACGGCGAAUUCGUUGCCGCGAAGUCUGGCAAAACGUUUGAAACCAUCAACCCUACCACCGAGGAAGUGAUUUGUUCCGUUUCUGAGGCAGAUGAGGAAGAUGUGAAUGCUGCUGUUGACGCUGCUGCUGCUGCUUUCAAGACCUGGGGUUUCAAGACUGCUCCCAGUGCUCGAGGUGCGGCUCUAUUCAAGCUGGCGGACCUCAUUGAGCGAGACCUCGAUAUCAUCGCUGCGAUUGAAACGACUGACAACGGUAAGGUGUACGCCCAUGCCAAGGGUGAUGUUGCUCUGGUUGUCAAGGUCAUUCGAUUUUAUGCAGGAUAUGCUGACAAGAUCUACGGAGACGUUAUCCAUGGUAACGAUGGACACUUUUCCUACACUCGAAAGGAGCCCAUUGGAGUUUGUGGACAAAUCAUUCCCUGGAACUUCCCCUUGGUCAUGUGGUCCUGGAAGAUUGCUCCUGCUCUGGCUACCGGUAACACUGUGGUUCUCAAGAGUGCCGAGUCUACUCCUCUGUCUGCUCUGUACGCGGCCAAGCUCGCCCAGGAAGCAGGUAUUCCCGCAGGCGUGCUCAACAUUGUUUCAGGUUACGGAAAGGUCGGCGCUUUGAUGACUAACCACCCCAAGAUCCGAAAGGUGGCUUUCACAGGCUCGACUGCUACCGGCAAGCAGGUUCUCAAGGGUGCAGCUCUGUCCAACCUGAAGAAGAUCUCCCUUGAGCUUGGAGGAAAGUCUCCCAACAUCAUCUUUGAUGAUGCCAACCUGCCCAACGCCAUCUCCUGGGCUGCUCUUGGUAUCUUCUUCAACUCUGGAGAAGUCUGUGCUGCUGCCUCUCGUCUCUAUGUUCAGGAGGGAGUCUACCACGAAGUCGUUGCUGCUCUCAAACAGCGAGCUGAGGCAUUGGUUGUGGGCGAUCCCUUUGACCAGCAGACCUUCCAGGGGGCCCAGACCUCCAAGAUUCAGUUCGACCGAGUCAUGAGCUUCAUUGAGGCCGGAAAGGCCGAGGGAGCUACUCUGCUGACCGGAGGCUGCCGAGCAAAGGACAAGGGCUAUUUCAUCCGGCCCACUGUCUUCACCGACGUUAAAAAGGACAUGAAGAUUGUGCAGGAAGAGAUCUUUGGCCCCGUUGUCGUUGUGACCAAGUUCAAGACUCUUGAGGAGGUCAUUGAGCUUGCCAACGACUCUGAGUACGGCCUGGCUGCGGGUGUGCACACCCAGGACAUUUCUCGAGCCCACUAUUUGGCAGAGAACCUCCAUGCCGGAACUGUGUGGGUUAAUACCUACAACUCGUUUCACAUCUCGCUUCCUUUUGGAGGUUUCAACCAGAGUGGUUUCGGUAAGGAGAUGGGCAAGGACGGACUGGACAGUUAUAUUCAGACCAAGGCUGUUCGAAUCAUGUUUGACCAGGCCAAGCUGCAGUAA